CAUAGGCGAGUCGACUAGCGCGCGGACCGCGGACUUUGAGUUGCCUUUGGUUUCAUGCUACAUCUACCCGUGGGUCGAUUUUCACCACUGUUCAAGCUCAACGUCAUUCCAACGACAUCACUCUCCGCAGCAUCCUCUGAGCAAAGCCAAGAGACUCGAGAACGAUGCCCUGCGGUACGUGCAACAAAGACUCCUUCGAGCUAUGGAGACGGACCACCUGCCGGCACUGUAUUUGCAACCCCUGCUUAACAAAAUCGAAAGAACUCGCCGCCUGCUGCCAGAUCAAGACCGCGAUUCGAUGUCCAGGAUCGAAAUUUGGAUGCUCCUUCGUGACGUGUUCGAACAACUGGGGGGAACACUACGCCGCCUGCAACAUGGUUCCCGUUACCUGUCCCCAGUCGUGCCAGUACAUUGUGGCCAAGAAGGAUCUCAGCUGGCAUCAGUCUUUUGAGUGUCCACGUCGUCCAGGUAACCUUCCCUUUUCGGCCGUCGUUGUUGCUUCUGAAGAAGCGCGACCUGGAGGAGGGGAACAUUCUUCCGCGCAGUCGCGGCGGAUCCACUCUGAAGAAGACAUCAAGAGAAAGAAGACAGAUCGCUGCUCGACACCUCAAUCCUGUCCUUCAGCUGAAGAAAAACGAAUGGUUGGAUCCUGGGACAAGCCACUAUGCGACCAACUGGGCAUCGAGGAAAGUGCGUUCUUAUUUAGACUCUUUAAGGAAAGACUGCAGGAACUCAACUUCGACGUCGAGACGAUCAAGAGGGACACGCGAGUGGCGAAUCUCGAAGAUGAAAUGCGCGAAUUACUUCGGGAAAAAGAGAGAGAAAUCGAAAAGUUGCAUCUGCGCGUUCGAGAACAGGACGUUACGAUCGAGACCUUGCGAUCAGAACUGGACACAUGUAAGAUCUUGUGCAACGAACAGGUUUCUGAUUUACGGAAGCAAUUGGAGGCUGUAAAAGGAUCCUUCGAUACAGCUGUCGAUGGCUUCCGUAAACAACUAGGCGACCGUGAGAGGGAGACGCGACCUUUUAUGACAGAGAUGCGAUUGUUUAAAGAUUACGUGGCUUCUAUGAUGGAAGUUUUGGAAAGCACCAUGGUAAGGAUUUCGCCCGAGAUGAGUUUGACCUUACCGGAGGAAAGUACACCUAACGCGGCGUCGUGAAGGUGGUGGACACGAAUGGUCAUCUCAGAUUGCGGUCAUCCGCAGCCAACGCUCAAUUCUUAGCACUUAUCUAGCAUGGACCUGGCGUGGACUUGACUUUUACAGGUUCUUGAGCCAAGCAAAAAUCUUUGGCGGAAUGUAGACCCAUUAUAUGUUUCCUGAUUCACUGUAUAUAAAGAGCAGAAUAGCUUGCAAGUCAUGUAAAACUACCACCCUGCACAUACAUUUUGUUUAUAAACUGAGCUCCACUGUAACCAUCUAUGGCUAUACUCCUUCGGAGGGCAGGCCCUUUAUUAUCUUGAUGUCUCAUUGAAGAAUAAAAUAUUUAACACAACCA